AUGACGACUCCAGAAGAAGCGGAAAGGAUUGUAAAGGAGGUGACAGAAUAUUAUGGAUAUCUGGACCAUGACAUGAUGGACGAUAUUGGCCGGUUCAACUCCGACUAUCGUCGAAGGAUUGAUGAAAAUUGGCUCAAGAUGGAGAACGCUGCAUCGCAUUCCAUCAAAGUUUUAGCAAGAAACAUCUACGGCAGCGGUGCUCGAUUCGUGUUCGAGCUUCUCCAGAAUGCCGAAGACAACAGCUUUCGGAGAGCCGAUGACAAGAACGACCCUCCGUUCAUUUCCUUUCAGAUUCACCCCAAACAUAUCGUGGUUGAAUGUAACGAGGACGGUUUCACCAGUCUUGAUCUGAAGGCGAUAUGCUCUGUCGGAGAAAGCACCAAGACUGCAAAACAUGGAUAUGUAGGUGCCAAAGGCAUCGGCUUCAAAUCCGUGUUCAUCGCUGCAUCUCGCGUGCACAUCCAGUCCGGAAACUACUCGUUUGAGUUCCGACAUAAUAGGAACGACCCGGGUCUCGGAAUGGUCAGGCCCAUCUGGGUGAAGCCGACAGAGACGAUUCCUAAACCUCUCACUCGUACAACACUUUAUUUACAUGAUCAAGGUGACGAUGAAGAGAUAGAGCAUCUUAAGACGGUCAUUGCUAUGCAGUUCGACGACCUUCAGGAGACAUGUCUUCUUUUCCUACGAAAGCUGAGUAAGAUUAGUGUCACGUUCUACGACGGACAAGGAAAUAUUCAGCGGUCAAAGCAGUUUACGAAAAAGAAGGUCGACGACUACCGUGUCUCUUUAGAAACUGCGGUAGCUUCAGCGGGCAAAUCCUCUACGACAAGCCAAAUGUAUCAUAUUACGAAGCAGUUGGCCACGGGUCUAGCGCAGAGCGAGAGUCGCGAUGCUGCCACAACUGAGGAAGCACGGAAAAGCCUCACUUCUGCGGAAGUUGUCUUGGCCUUUCCACUAAAAAGUGAUUAUCAGCCUCACAUUUCUACAAGAAGACAGGAGCUCUUUGCUUUCCUGCCCCUCAGAACUUCAGACUACAAGUUUCACAUCCAAUCAGACUUUGAUACCAAUGCCAACCGGCAGGAUAUUGUGACUACGACAAGGAGAAACUUGAACAUUCGAGACUGGAUUGCGAAGACAUUUCUGCAGGCAGUCUUGGAAUUUAACCAGCACCCAGUUCUGUGCUAUAACUGGCCACAGUUUCUCCCGUCUCAGGACAGUGGCAAUGAUUCUUUUUGGUCCGGGCUUGAUGCCAAGAUCCUAUCUCUGGUUCAGGAGACUCCUAUUCUAAGAUCCAGAAACAGGAGGGACUUGCGUCUCAUUCGUGACGUCAUGAUAGCCUCGAAUGGCAUGACCGACGAUGAAGGCAUACUCUUACUCGACGAUCCUGUCACGGACCCCUUUGCCUCAGCCAAGUACACGUACACAGUGACUCAGCAUCUUAAGCCCUAUGGACUACGGGUAGCACCUGUAUCUCUGUUUGUUGGCCUCCUGAAAAGAGAUCUCAGCCAGCAUAACUCCAAAAUGCGCACCAACACAACAUCUGAUGACUGGCAUUCUUUAGUAGCCCAGAUGUGUUCGAAGAUAUGCGACAACAACUGGGUUGGAACCGAAUUGCUCAAGUCACUCGAACUUCUACCAUUGAGAGAUGGCAAAUGGGUCUCAUGUGCCUCAGGACCGGUUUAUUUUCCGAUGACAGGAGAUAUCGAAAUACCGGAGGACUUAGGCCUUAGGGUGCUCAAUAAAUCUGCGACGAUCAACCCAGACCGGAGGGAUUUGCUUCGGCAUCUUGGAGCAACAGACGCCAAGCAAGAAGAGGUUCGAUUCGCAAUAACCUCCUUAUUCAUCAAAUUGCCAAGUAUGGGGUUUCGGUUCACUUUCGACUGUCUCCGCUACUUAUUUCUGACACACUCACAACCUAAACAUGCCCGUGAAAGCUACAAGAACAUAUGGCUUUUCACCGAAGAACACGAAUUGCAUCGGACACACGGCCAGACUAUUUAUCUUCCUAUGGAUGAGCAUCCCUUAUGCCCCGCUAGCCUCUUAAAAAAUGCCCAUGUGCCGCCUGACUUUCCUGUCCACUUUCUAGAUCGUGAAUAUCUCUCGAUCGGAUCAGAAGAUCAAAAUCACUCCUUGCCUUCUUACAAACGAUGGCUGUGCGACUUUAUCGGGAUCCAUGAGAGAAUUACGAUCUUAUCACCCAACCGAAAUGAGUUAUCCCAGCCUUUUCAGUACGUCCUCACUCAUCGCUCGGCCAAGUUCCUUGGCCUCCUCGAACAUCUUUGGCGGCUAGAAGGAAAGGAAGUCUUGAAACAUCCAACUGUUGUGUCACAUAUAAAGCAAAUCCCUGCGAAAGAGCUUUGCAGAAUUAAUUUCUCCCUAAACCUCGAAAACACAUGGCUUCCUCUGCCAGAGCUUGAAAAUUCUGUUCACCGGUAUAUGGAGCAUUCAGAACAGUUUCCAUUUCUUGUUGUCGGGGAGGAUGAUGACGCCGAACAAAUUGGGUCUAAAUGGGGCUUCCUAACCCAACACUUUGGUGUUGGCAAAUCUGACGACUUGGACUUUCUUCUCGGAAUACUUCACUGCAUCUAUAGAUCAUGCGAAUAUCCUUUGUCGAUUCGUCAAUCCCAAAAGGUGUUUGAACUAUACAUAGCCAUCUACGCUAAGCUUGCUGUCUCCUUGGUACCGAGUAUAACGCGUACGAGAAUCAAAGAGGCCUUUGAAUCCUUUUGCGACGAUUGCAUCCUUGUACCAGACGAUGAAGACAAUUCAGCGUCGUGGGUAGAGCCUGAAGUCUGUGUCUGGGAUGGGCCAUCUGACCUUGACUCUGUGUGUUCCCUGAAAUCCGCGUAUAAGAGAAGAGGUUUGGGCGAUGAAGACAUCAGCAACAUUGAAAAACUAUUUGUUGGAACCUUGGGCAUACGAAACAUAUCGGCAGAGGGUAUUGUGUCGGAACUUAAAUGCCGUUACGGCACUUGUGGGAAUGAGGAGAAUGAUGGCGAGAUUUUGAACCUCUACAAAUAUUUGCAUGAACAGCUUACAGUCACACCUGGAGUAAGAGCUGCAUUUCAACAAUCUUCACUCAUCUUUCUGAGGCAGGAUGAUGAACCACAAUGGUAUAAGACCUCUGACUGUCUGUGGUCUAGCACAGCACCAAUCCGCGGGAAGGUCACGCUUGACGAGGCUUAUGAGGACCUCAAAGCGUUUUUCGUCAGCAAGCUUGGUGUGAAAUCGCUCACAAUGCAGAUGGUAUAUGAUGAGCUGCGGCAGUCUCCUGAGAGCAGCGUAGAAGACAUAAAGGUUGCUCUGUUUUCUUUCAAUGACUUUCUCCAGACUGAGCACGGCAAUUGGGAUCCAGAACCUAUUAAAACAGCAAAGAUAUUUCCUGUCGUCUAUCCUGAUGGGACUACCGCCUUGCGGUCCAUGGAUGUGGACUUUGCAAUAGCAGAUCGGGACAACCUACGAUCUAAGUUCUCUAACCAGAUUGCUCUCCUAGACUUUGACUUGGAGGAUGUCCACCGACUAAGGCCAUUAUUUACCUGGCUGAAGAUUCAAGAGCGAUAUCUCUCCAAGUGCGUCAUUGAAACAACAGCAAUCUCAGACGACUCCAGGAUGCCGAUAUCAUCACCUAGAAGAGACUUGGGCCUCAAAGCCUAUCAAAUAUGCCGGGUUGCAGCCACAUUCAGGAGUCCGCGCUUUCAGCACAGUGAACCCCAUCUCUACAACCAGCUGCGUGCUAUGGAGGUCUUGGAGGUUGAAGGGAUCUCCUCCAUUCUGAAAUUGAGUCAGGGUGGCAGAAAUUAUGAAGCGAGACUCACGGCAGCCAGUGAGCAUAUCGACGAACCAGCUGGAAAUCUCACCAUCUACGUCCCACGAGACCGAAGAGCGCAGGAAAUCUGUUUUGGAUCAGUCCUCCCCAGGAAGUUUGCAGCAUGGCUCAUGCGUAACCCGCAUACUAAUAUUGAUGGCAAUGUGGAGGUCGAUGUCAUCAACGCCCUCACUUCAAUUUUCGCCAGCGAGCGUGCUGUUCUGGACGAGAUUCUUGACGAUCAGGGUAUGAUACAGUUGCAGUUUGAAGACCCAGACGAAUAUUUGAAUCAAGAUGAAAUGUGCGAUGAACGGGCCCAAGAUAAUCAUGCGUCUGAUUCGACCCCAGAUCAUGGUUAUGAGAUUUCUGAACUGGUUCUCACUCCGACUCAUUCAUCAGUGAACGAUGCCUCAAUCAUACCAUCGUCAGUGCGAGAUUCAGAAAUCGAGGAUGGUGUUCUGGAAACAGAUGGAGAAAUAGUUGAGAUUCAGAGCAGCACAUCCCAUCAACUUCGCCGAGGUGAAAGAAGUGCUUCGCGGCCCCAGCGACAUCACACAACAGAUGACAGACCUUUCAGCCCAGAGCAGUUGAAUAACCAACGUCCAACUUCUUCGAAUCCAGCUGCCCAGGCGACUGAGGACCAGCGAUAUCGAACGAUUCUCGAAAGAGUCAUCGCGGCAGCUCGACUUGCGAACUUUCCACCUGGUGGGGUCUUUGACUUGAAUGACUUGCGAGAUGCCUUACCGGACUCUGGAGAACCGAGUUCGUACCUGAGUUAUGAUGGAUUGGAUGUGUUGAGUAGGUUUCGAUCCACAAGCCAACUGGAACGCGAUAAGAAGAUAGGGGCCGCUGGAGAACUCUACGUAUUUGAGCUGCUAUCAAAACUUGACCUACCAGGCUGGGGCCGUGGGAACUGGCAAAGCACCAUAAGAACAUAUGCAAAUGUCCAUCCGGAGUACGCCGAUCUGACUCACUGGCCUAAUCGUGAGACAGCAGAUCUUGUAUACUCAGAUACGCAAGGAGAUCUGACACGUCUUUUGGUCGACGCCGAGAUCCUUGGUGACGAUUGGUCUACAAGACGCCCCAGAUACUACAUCGAGGUGAAAACAACUACCGGGCCAUGCGGAACACCAUUUUAUAUGAGUGGAAACCAAUACCGACUGAUGGAACGUAUUCACCAUAGUCCAGAUUUCUCAGAAGUCUAUAUCAUAUUCCGUAUUUAUUUCCUGCUAGAUCGGUCGCAGAUCAGUUACUGUGUAUAUCCUGAUCCAAAACGACUUGAAGAUGAUGGGCGGCUCAUUUUCACAGGAACGACAUGGACCUUCACUAAAGUCCUGGCGACUUCAGAAACCCCUGUAAUCACAUUCAGAGUAUACGAUGGCGACAAAAUCGUGAUCGAGUUCAAUGACGAUGGCUUAACAAAGGCUGAUCUGGAAACAAUUUGCCAACCGGUCUCCAAAGAGCAAACAGGCGAAUACAAGUUCAAAACAAUUGUUAUCGCCAAUAAGAAGGUUCGCGUUCAAUCAGGAAAGUUCUCCUUCGACCUUCAACACAACAUCUCUGAUGACGAAGACAAUGUAAUGCAUCCUGUUUGGGUCACACCCACUGAGAUGGUUCCCAAGAAUAUGACUCGCAUCACACUGCACCUCCAUGACCAAGGCAGUAAAGAAGAGAUCGAGGCUUUGAGGAAGACUAUUCGUUCUCAAUUUGAGAAGCUGCAUGACGCAAGCUUUAUCUCUCUCAAAGAUAUCAAAUGGAUGAUGAUUGAGUUUCUUGAUGGCACUGGCUGUCUCGUUCGUUCCGAGGUCUUACAGAAGAAGAACGUUGGUAGGCAUGGAGUCGAAUUGGACAUCGCUGAUGGAGACCAAUGCACCAAGACCCAGUUCUAUCAUUUAACGGACUACUCUGUGGACAACUUGGCCACGUAUGUCACACUCGCCUUUCCUCUCACAGACGAGUCCACGCCUCAAGUUGACGGCGUUGAGGCAAGACAAUUGUUCAAUUUCGUGCCCCUAUGUGCAUCACCACUUUCAUUCCAUAUUCACUCAGAUUUUGAACUCGGGAAUGAUGGGCAGGGGCUGGACACUACAUCAGCCCGCAACAGAAACAUCCGAGACCUGAUUGCAAACGCAUUCUUUAAGGCUAUUUUACAAUUCAUUGAUAACAAAUAUCUUUGGAAUACCUGGUCAUUGCUCCUUACACCCAUUUUGGAGGACACAUACCCAUUCUGGUCUGCUCUUGACACUGAUAUUCGAAGUUGGAUAUCGAAAAAUCCGUCAUAUCUUCUGCGCAAGUAUCCUGUGGCGGCAGCGGCUAAACUGACCGAAUAUGGCCUCGCCACUCUAACCGACGCCCGACUGCUCGAACUUUUGGAGAUGGAUCUGGAAAGCCCGAAGCCGAGGAUGCACACCAGUACCUCGAGGGGUUGGCAAAUUGCCAUGUCGCGUCUCCUCACAAAGUUGCUCACGAAUGAUGAGCGAGUUGACAAGCUAAAAUCACUUCCUAUCGUGCAGCUACGGGACGGUAGCUGGACGUCCGCGGCUUCCGGGCCCGUAUAUUUUCCUAACUCAGAACACGAUGCCAUCCCUGAGUCGUUGGAGUUCCGAGAUGUGACUCUACUCGCAACAUUUCAACCGAAACGAAGAAAGCUAUAUGAAAAACUCGGAGUGAAUCAGCCCACAGCCAAGGAAGUCAGACAGAAGAUCCUGGACACUUUCAAGUCAGCCGAAACUUUACUACUUGACGACGUCUACGAGUAUCUUCGCUACCUAUACCUGACACAUCAGUCUUUCAAUAUUUUCACUCCCCAUGAACAGCCCUAUGGUGACGUGAGGGUUCUGACGACGGGCAUGAAACUCCAGAAUCCACAUACCACCACUGUAUACUAUCCGGGAACGGAUGAUCCGUAUAGCCCCGAGAGUCUGCUUGGCCCUGCUUCCAUGGCCAACUUCUUGCACCCGAAGAUAUGGAACGAGGGAGCGGAUAAGCCUGGUCCCUUCCACCCAACUUGGAAAGUAUGGCUUUGCGAUUCCGUCGGCAUACGGGAGCGGCCAAGUCUACUACAAGCUAAAGCGCAGUCCGAGUCCGAGUCUACCAACGACGGAUCCUCGACCGACGCUGGUAACAGAUUUUUGGGUUUCAUUGAGCGCCUUUGGAUACAUGAAGGCCACGAGCUGUUAAAGCAUCCAACUCUCGUCACCGAAAUUCGACAACGUCCUGCAAAGAAGUUAUGUGGUGUGGACUUCGAAGUCAGUUUACAGGAUACAUGGGCUCCGUCCGAGGACCUUCAAACUUCCGUCCAAGUGUUCAUGAUGAACCCUGACGUGUUCCCUUUCCUUAAACUUGAUGAUGAGAAAGACGUUGAUCUAGUCAUCGCUACCAGAUGGAGCUUCCUUACUAAACACUUUGGUGUUAAGUGGAAACACGACCUUGACUUCCCAGUGCAGAUGGUGAGGUGUAUCAAGCGCUCAAGCACCAAGCUAUCAUCGGUGCAAAUAGACAAACUCAUGAGGGUGUAUGAUUUGAUUAGCAGAACAUAUUCCUUAUCGGCAAGCGAAGAGAAAGCGAAAGCCUUGGAGUUUUUCAAAAAUGGUGGCGUGCUGUAUGCUGAAGCCAACAAAGCGGCCUGGUUAAGGACUUCACAUUGUGUUUGGGCUGGACCAACUGGUCUUGUAUCUAAACGCUCCAUCAAGCGCUUCUACUUCGAAAACAGCUGCGCCAAAAAGCAGUACCAGAGCAUCGUCCGGCUUCUCGUCAAUGAGCUCAAAAUUCGAGACGCUAACGGCGACGCCAUGGUUGAAGAGCUGGGUGCGCUACGGUUGCAAGAAUGUAAAGAUAUCCCCACCGUUCACCGUAUCUACACAUAUCUUGAUGGGCAGACUAUAUCUCCAGAAACGAGACGUAAGUUUCAUGAGCUUCCGCUCAUCCUAGUGGAACAAAGCGGGCAUUCAGAAUGGCUUCGCGCUUCACAAUGCUUUUGGUCUGAGGCAGAUUCAAAUGAUUUGAACGGCAACCUACAAAGGUGCUAUCCUGAUCUUAAGGAUUUCUUUCUUGAGAAGCUUGGUGUGAAGAUAUCAGCCUAUGACGCAUUGCUGAACACAAAUUCGGACAAUCCGGAGGAUAUACAACAGUUGAUUACGUCCUUUGCUGACGAGGUUCGCGAAUCGAUUCCCAGAUUUCCUGUUGAGCCAAUCCGACGGGCAAAGAUCUUCCCUGUCAGAAACCCCGGCGGAGAUGUAUUGUUGGUAUCUCUUGAUACGGAUUUUGCUAUUGCCGAUAGACAAGGCCUUCGAAGAAACCUGCAAGAUCACAUCAGAAUAUUGGACUUUGAUCUAGAGGGUGUGCGAUGGCUAUGGCCAUUCUUCCAAUGGCUUGAGAUUGAAGACCGAUAUCUUUCAAGAUGCGUAAAAAGAUCGUUCACCGUGUCUGAAGACGGCGCGGCGUCGGAAGAGGUAGAUCCAUGGGAUCUGAGACUCAAAGCAUAUCACAUCACUCAAAUCGCUGCCACUUUCCGCAUCUUUGCAACGUAUGGUAAUGCUACCUCACUAUAUCAACGGUUGAAAACCCUACGUGUUGUCGAGGUUUCCCACAUUUCCUCUGAAUUGGAAAUUACCCAAGAUCAGAAAGCAAUUCGGUCAACGCCACAAUCUGUCACUGCGCACAUAUCUGAUGACGAACCCAAUUUCACCAUCUAUGUGGCGAAAGACAAGAAGAAGAUCUUUUCAUUUCUGCCAAGAAUCCUGGAAGAAUGGCUCAGGCAGGAUAGGGAUCGCCGGCAUACGUUCGAAGUGAUUAGCUCGCUCACCUCUAUAAUUGCUAGUGACAUUUCCGUCCUGGAUGAAAUCCUCGAGGAUCAAGGUAUCAUAGAACUGCCUUUUGAGAAUAACGACACAAGUGGUUCCAAGAUGGCUUCGGAAGGCGCAUCUGAAUGCCUGUCUGUGAGGGAGGUAGUUGGGAAGCCAUCCGAAGAAGAUCGAGGAGAGUCGCUGGUCCUACGGGGGCGUGAUUCUGCAUCUGAAGUUGGAGCUCAGGAUGGAGUCAGGUAG